AUAUGAUAAACCGAGAGGAGGAGCGUGUUCAUGCCUCAUAGUCGUUGGUCUCAGCCCUCUCAGACACAGUCACCAUGAAGGGAGCAGUGACCCUCCCGGCCCUCUUGCUCCUCCACGUCUGCUCUGCGGUUCCUAUCAGCCGCCCCACCAACUGGCUCAGGCAAUGCCGUGCCUCCACCAACCUCUCCAUCCCAGCACUGGAGGUGCUACCGGGCGGAGGCUGGGACAACCUGCGCAACGUGGACACGGGUCGAGUCAUGAACCUCAGCUACUUCCAGUGCCAGACCACCGAGGACGGCCUCUACCUCAUCCCAGAUGAGGUGUUCGUCAUCCCCCAAAAGGAGACGGGUGUGGAGACGAGCUCGGAGAUAAUCAGCUCCUGGCUGGAGCAGAAAAGCUCUACAUCCAACUCCAUAAAUGCGGAAGUGUCCUUCCUCUCGAUGCUGAAUGGCAAAUUUUCAAAAGAGAACCAGAGGAUGAAAACCCAUCAGGUCAAGGACUCUUCAACUACAGCCAGAGUGCAAGUUCGUAACUUCAUCUAUUCAGUCAAGGCUUAUCCAGACUUCACUCUUGACACACGCUUCGCCCAGCAAGCCAAAGAGAUAGCCGAUGCCAUUGAAAACAACCAAACAAGGAACGUAGACUAUCUGGCAGAGAAGAUGGUGCUGGACUACGGAACCCAUGUCAUCACCAGUGUCGACGCUGGGGCCAGUUUGGUGGAGGAAGACUACCUGCGCUCUUCAUACGUGUCGGACGGCGUGUCAGAGGGCUCCACCAUUAAGUCACAAGCAGGCUUAAACUUUUUUGACAAACUCAAGUUUGACAUAAGCAGUCAAAAUGCCCAACAGAGCUCAUCCCUCCAAACAUAUCAGUCCAACAUCCAGUACUCCAUUAUCCAAAGCCAGGGAGGAACGCCUUUCUAUCCGGGAAUCACUCUGCAGAAGUGGCAGGAAAGUACCAAGAACAACCUGGUGGCAAUUGAUAGGUCAGGAUUUCCCCUGCAGUACUUUUUAAACACCAAGACCCUCCCUGAGCUGCCGCGGCCUACGGUUGGCAAAGUGGCCGUCGCGGUGAGUCAGGCCGUGGAGCGCUACUACAAGGUCAACACGCGGCCCGGAUGCGUCGACGUGAACUCGAAGAACUUCAACUUCCAAGCCAACAUCGAUGACGCAUCCUGCCAGGGCCCCGCUACAAACCUCAGUUUUGGUGGCGUGUACCAAGAGUGUACUCAUGUCAGCUCAGACGCGGGUCCGCUGUGUGACGUCCUGGCCCAGAAGAACCCUGGAACAGGGGACUUUUCCUGUAGUCUGCCUUACGCUGCCAGUUUACUGAGAUCGGAGUUGAGGCAGCAGGGUUACACUUCCUACGAUUGCCACAACGAACGGUAUCGGUGUGGCUUUUUGGGCCUUUCACAUUGCAAUAGGCGGGUUUGUCAGGACAACUACCACGUCCGCUCUGCUCGCAUCAACACCUUCUGGUGCUCCGUAAGCGGAAAGGCCCCAGACAACUCAGGGUACCUGUUCGGAGGCAUAUACGGCCCAGCCCUCCUGAACCCCGUCACCAACGCAAAGCGCUGUCCCCCGGGCUUCACUGCAGAAAGGUUUCUCUCGGAUGGCCUGGUGAUCUGUGUGAGUAAGGACUACGAAAUUGGCAGCAGAUACUCAGUGGCAUUUGGAGGCCUCUUCAGUUGUCAGUCAAACAACCCGCUGGCAGAAAAUCAACGGCGCUGCCCCCCCGAGUUCAGUCAGCACCUCGCCGCAGUGAGCGACGGCUGCGAAGUUCUUUACUGUGUCAAGUCGGGGCUGUUCACAGGGGGGCAGCUGCUUCCGGUCCACCUGCCACCGUUUACCAAACCUCCACUCGUCACCAUGCAAGCCUUGAAUACGGUUAUGGUCAUGACCGAGGGAGAUAUGAGCUGGAUCAGAGUGGGGGAGACCAAGGCGUGGAAAUUGGCCAAACCAGAGGAAAUCGAGCAAAUGAUGUGGAAGCUUAACCCAGAAUUGAGUCCGAUGUCUAGUGGUGAAAAGGCCGGGGUGGCUUUUGGGGUGAUGGGCAUGAUGGCGCUGGUGGUCUUUGUGGCAGUGGUUCUGGUGAAGAGAAGGAGGAGGGUGUCUGCUUUUGGGACAGCUAGGGGCUACGGGGCAUUACAGGACGAGGCCGACUGUGUUGAAGGGGAACGACAGCACGAUGAGGCUUGAGAUAACAUCCACUUUGGGGAUGGCUGCUUGGGCUCCUCAGUUGGUUUGCAACCCAGCACAUAUGUUUAUUUUUUUCAGUACUUCACAAAUAACUACGCGUCUGAUUUUCCUCUGACCUUAUUUUGGAAAGUCCAAGCCUUCUUUGAAUAAUUAACCAUAAGAGAUAGAGGAACUAGUGUGAUGGGUUCAGAUCUGAACUUCCUUAUUCACAUCCUGUCAUGCAAAUUUAUCAAUAGUGAAAUUCAAAUCAAAUUCAUCAUACAGUACAACUUAAAUCAGUUGUACUUUGCAUUAAUUAGCCAUAUACUUUUGCAAUGCUUAUUAAAACCAAUCUAGUUCACGUUUUGAUAACUGCCAUUAAAUAUAGUUUCAACACAUUUAUUGGGAGACAAUCUUUUCCUGAUAUCUUUAUGUGUACUUUUUAGCUCAAACAAAUGUGACUCCAAAGACAUCUGCCUUUGAAAGGCUACAAAUAGCUGCACGCACAAGUGCUUUCCAAGGCCAGUGAAUCAAUACUGCCCUCAUGAGGCCAGGAUGCAUAAUGUCAUGCAGUAGAAAACAUUGUUUACCCCAUCUGGAAACCUGCAUGCGUUGUCUGACCUGUACUUUUUGUUCGAAUUAUAUUUUACAGAUAGAUAGAUAAAAGAUGCGUUAGAUGAAUAAUUUUCUAUAUUUUGCAUUUCAUGCUGUUAAAAAUAAAAAGGAUUUCUAAAUGUAUGUAAAUUGAACUCUUUGCACUGCACUUAACUACCAAUUAAAGUGGUCUCCAAACAA